AUGGGUGCCAGCGCUAAGAGAAAGAAGGAAAAGCAGCAAGACUUUCAAAAACCUAAACUCAAGGUUGGCAAGGCCAGGGCCAAACCCGAGAACUUCACCGACACCAGCUUCAAGUCCAAAUCAAUCGUUUUAAAUCAACAAUCACUUCAACUUACCGCCCCAUCAUCCAACUCCGUAUUCGCUCACCACCUUUCGCUCCUCACCUCCAAGACCGACAGCCAGCGCCGCGAUUCACUCGCUCAUUUAACAACAUCCAUUGCUUCCCGACCGGUCAAUUCUCCCCUCCCUCAACCAGUCAGCGUCAUGCUUCCUUCCCUCCUCCCUCUUCUCCUCGACGCAAGCAAUGCCGUACGCACUCAGCUCAUUAAACUUCUGCGCACACUUCCCCGCUCCGACAUCCAGGAUCAUGUCCUCCAGCUCCUACCCUAUGUUCGCGCAGGUAUGACCCAUCUUGCGCCUGAUAUUCGCGUCAGCGCCGUCGAAAUCCUCUCCUGGUUAGUCGACGCCGCAGGUGAACAGGUAGUUUCAUGCGCGGGCGGGUGGAUCAAGACAUUAAAUUGCUUCUUGUCAGUGUUGGGCUGGCAUACAGAAGAAUCAGCACGCUGGUCAUCUACUCGGGCCUCAUUUGGAAAAUCCGGCAACAAAGGUAAACCCAUGGUGAAGGUUUUGGGUGCAUUGGCAGAUUUCCUGGAAGCGGGAAUUGGAGAGCCGGGCGCAAACAUGGACGCCAAUGGUGAUGCCAAUGGUGGGGAUGGACCCUCUUCCGCUUGGCCUUUUCCAUUGUGCCAGACGGAACAUCAUAUGAUUUCAGAAUCAGCUUCGCCCUAUGCGUACUUGAACCUUUUUGGCCAACCGCGCGACGAGGAGGGGGAGAUGUAUGAGAAGCGCGAGGACCGAUACCGUGUCUUUUCGACUCGGUUUUUCCCUUCCAUUGAUCGGGGACUGAAGGCCGCCCGUGAAGAAGGUGGAGAAAUGGGCCGAGCCUCGUCUGGCGUGACGAAGGUGCUCAAAGGAGCUCUGUCAUAUGGGCCUGGGCCGUGA